GUUAGCAGUGAAGUAUACACGUACACUAUCAAGCCUUAUCGAUACACAUGGCGCAUUGUCAGCGACCACGCAGAAAUCUGGCCGUUUUACUCAUCGCUUUACUCAUGAUUUUUCUUUUCAGAUACGUCUUUCAUGCCCACAAAGACACCCUAACGGCUUCAAGUAAAGAUAAUUUCUUUCGACCAGUUCCGAUAUACCGUCAAUUGGAAUAUGUCACAAGGACACACAACAUUUCUAAAAACGCGUCGAACGGCAGUCUCGUCCUUACACCAGUUAACUCGACAGCAGCCAGCCACUCCAGUCAAGAUGGCGUCACAAACCAACCGCUGGACUACGAAAUCGUCAUCUCCCACUAUAACGAGAAACUGGAUUGGAUGAAGCCCCUUGCCGAUCACAGUCACGUGUAUCACAAGGGGAAAGACAAGGGACCGCCUUUUGAUGUCUACAAGUGGGAGAAGUUACCAAACGUGGGGAGAGAAUCCCACACCUACCUGCACCAUAUCAUACAGAAUUACGACAAACUCGCCAAUAUAACCGUCUUCCUACAAGGCACGGGGCCUACAGACCAUAGUCAAACAUGCUUUCCCACUGCGAUGGCGUUCGUCGAGAGAGCCAAGAAACACAAGUACUGCAAGAUCAUGGGCAGCUACGGCAACUGGGGGCGCAUCCACCAGUAUGGCAAGUGGCUGAAAUCUCUUGAGAACGGCCAGAUGCGGAGAGCGAACCUGACUAUGGGCGAGUUCUACACGGCUUUGUUUGGUACCAAACCACCCGUCACAGUGCGAUCCUGUAUGACAGGAUGUGUCUCUGCUUCCAGGAAAAACCUGAUACGGUUCCCAGUUAGUUUCUAUGAGAAAGCCAUUUCGUUUGUGAACGAUCACUCGGACCCAGAGGAGGGCCAUUACCUUGAGAGACUUUGGGCAACCAUAAUCAAUGCCAAAAAGAAGAAGAAGAAGAGACACAUUUGAAUCGGAGACACAUUCAAACCGGAGACACUCCCAACUGGUGCCUGUUAACGUUUGUACCUUCAUAUUAAACUCUUAAGAGGUUGCCAACUCUCGACUUUGUCUGCGGCUCCGGUUUUAGUUUUAAGUAAUCUGUGGGACUCGGUCAAAGAUUAACUGUUUUUAGAUCACAUUUUUGCAAUGUAAGAAAAAUAAUCCUGUGCAGUGCGUGGACAAACUGGUAUGUGUGAAUUAAUGUGUGAAACACUGAAUUGUGUGGCACGAAUUCAAUAAAACAAGACGGAGAAUGAGAAUCCAUCUUGUGGUUCUCAGACCGACAUUUCCUGCCCGAAUUAUCGGAUACAAAAUUGAGAUUUCAUCAUCUGAGCGUAUAUAGUAGUGAAUUUAUGCUAUAACUGCCAAAGGAGGAAUAGUGAAAACCCGGAAAUGACGGCUGGAAACAAAAUUGUAUUCAUAACUAGAGGUUCGCGUUUGUUGUUACAAACGCAGAGUGGUCGGGCAGGCAUCUUGUUCAUGAAAUACUACCGAGUUAAGUUAUGAAUAUGUUUAUGUAACAACAAAGGAUCACGAAAUUAAAUCUUUUCCAUCACAAUACAUUAUU